AUGGAGAACGAACUUGCCACCGAAGUGACGUUGCUACUCUUAAUAAUGUUCAUGGAAAAUGUGGUUCCAAGACCUAAGAACAGGCGAGUCCUGUACUUCAGGCUUAGUGAAGACCAUUUCCAGCCAAGACCCCUGUACUGCAGGAUAAAUCUGACCGUCCCUGUCCUGGACAGGUUCUUUAAUGACCAGGACACACGGCCAGAUUUUCGGCUGAGCAGGGAGUCCCUGAACGCACUGCUGGACCUCCUGGGUCAGGAACGGAGACAUGGAUGGGGUGCCACCAUCGAGACCCUGGUGUUCCUCUUCUGGCUGGCAUGUGGGACAUCCUACAGGGUGGUCUCCAGAGCGUUUGGGAUGCCUCGAUCCACUGUUCACCGGAUUGUCCACAGGGUCACUGGGGAGGUGGUGGCCAUUCGCCAGCAGGUUAUCCACCUCCCCAGGACAGCAGAAGACCUGGAGGCUGUGUUGCGUGGGUUCGCAGGGCUGGCCAGACACAGAUCCUUCCGAAAAGCUGCUGGAGCCAUCGACGGCUGCCAUGUCCGCAUCGUGCCACCAAGCGGCCCUGAUGGUCACUGUUAUAGAAAUAGGAACCUUUUUCCCUCAAUAAUUCUGCAGGCAGUUUGUGACCAUCGGGGCCGCUUCAUUGACACGUACGUGGGCUGGCCUGGGUCGGUCCACGACUGUAGAGUGCUCCGCCACAGUCCACUGUACCGGCGGGCACUCUACCCUCCUCCAGGGCAGUACAUCCUCGCCGACGGCGGGUACCCCUGCCUCCAACAUCCACUCCCCCUCAUCACUCCGUACAGACAGCCGCUGCAAGGUGUGGGACCCCAGCGCUUUAACAGCCAUCACUCCCGGGCACGCUCUAUCAUCGAGCGUGCCUUCGGGAUGAUGAAGACCCGCUUUCGCAGCAUCUUCCUGAAAGCGCUGGAGGUGCACCACACCUUCGUUCCUCAAGUCAUUACAGCAUGUGCUGUAAUGCACAAUAUCUGCAUCGGAGCCGGUGACAUCAUGGACCCCGAUGCAGAUAUUGUUGAGGACGUGGCGGAGGAUGAGGGGGAGGAUGUGUUGGAGGCAGUCAGUGGUGCCCCUUGGCGGGACCAACUGUGUGCAGAGGUGUCUGCCCUGGAGGAGGUUCCCAUGGACCACCAAUAUAUAUAA